CUCAUUUAUAGAAUAUUUCAUAGAGUACAUAUGUCAUCACAGAAUUCUUGCUAAACUACUUACGUAAGCUAAAGAAAGCUCAUUUAAAAACUAAGAAAUAAUCAUGCAUUUCACACUUACACAAACUACAAUUUCACUUAUGUUAUGUAGCUCAUAUAAGACAAAUAGCAGCCAGUUUUUAAAAUAUACCCUUGCUAUCUACAACCUAGUUUCUUAGUCUCCUUUUUUAAAUUUUUGCAGAGAAACUAACCCAUUUAUCUUUUAAUAUCAGUUUUUCUUUUCUUUUUUUUUCUCUUUUUUUUAGUUUUCAACUCUAUAAUCUAACUGUUCUAGAGUCUAGAGAAUACUUAUCAUCAUCAUCAGUAAUUUCCUUUGGUGGAAGAGGUGGUGACCUGCCAGAAGAAACUGAAUUGAUUGGUUCAGUGGUUGACUUUCUUCAUCAGAGGAUAUGGUUAAGUAAGCGAUAGGGCAAAAUUAUAUUUCACACACCUACUGCCCUUGUCACAGUAAACUAUGAGGAGAAUUACAAUGGGAGAAUAUAGAGCAGGUUUUCUGAAACUGGCUUGUAUCUGGAUGGCGAUUCUGAUGCACGGCUUGGAUGCACAACUUGCACCAAAGAAACAUGCUGCAGGUGCAUCGUGCAGUCCCAAACACCUGACAGCCCUGACCGAAAGCUUGGUCAAUGAAAGCUUGAGAUGCUUUGAUGAAGCCAAUGGAAAACACCUUGGUAUUUGGUUACCUGGCUUCCCUGAGCUCCACGUCCAGAAGAGCUUUCCUCCUAAUUGGACAAAAGUUCAUUGCAGCUUGCGCUUCAUGUAUGAAGGUCUAAAUGACAUCUUGGAGGACCAGAAAAACAACCUGAAUCCUCAAAACGUUUCACUUCACAAGAAGCUAGAGGAAACCAUUGCCAGGAUUAAAAUGCUUGCAAAUUGUAUAAACAUCAUCUUUAAAAGUACAUGUCCCUCAAAGCCAUCACCACCUAAAAUGCCUAAACAAGUAUUUGAGAGGAAACAGUGGAGUCAUACCCUGCUAAAGGCAGCCGGGGAUUACCUGGUAUGGCUGGAGCAAAUGUUUGUUUCAUAUGUUAAAGGAACAAAAAUGGGGAAAGGUAAAGUAACAAAGACCCAGCCUCAUAAGUACCUGGAGGGGAGUGGAUACCUGCUCUGAUUAUGAACAAGUUUAGCUGAGUUUGUGGUGAAAAUGCGGUUAUAGUUUGUGGCAGCUUUUCUUUAGCCCCCCCACCCCCGUCCAAGACUUUUAAAUGCUACUUUUUCAUGCAUUCAGUAUGCUGUUAUGCAUUAAGGAUCUUUACAGUGUCUCUCUCUAUAAUAUAUCUGAUAUUUCAGUACAAACAUAACAACCGACAUGGUUAAAACAGCCAAAGAGGUUUUUUUUAAAAUAAAAUUUAUGAAGGGUGUACUUUGAUAUUUUGGAAAAUUGAGCUGUUCUUAUUAUUUUAAAUGAGAAAGUACAUGCAAAUGUCUAAUCGACAACAUAAGUAAGGCACAACUGGGGAAGCAAUUAUCCAAGCUUAAACCUGACAGACAAAAAAAAGGUGAAAAUCGCUGCUUUUGUCUGCUAUCACCCAAAUCCACCAAUCGGCACCUCUUAACAAAUGUAAACCCCAGUACUGCUGCGCUAACAGCUGGAUCUUUUUCUAGCUGGCUGCUAUUUGACGCUUCACAUUUGAUAUCACAGGUGUGAAUGAUAACAACCAUCUCAACAAAUUCUAAUAAAGCAAAUAUCUCCGUUUACCAAAACGUCAUGUUGCUACCAUAAAAGCGUUAUCGGAAAUGUCUUUGUUCCAAACCUGAUAGCUCAAAGCAAUCAACAUGUUCCCUUGUGGCAGUAAUUAAUCAACUUGCCAACCAGGAAAAUGAGAAAUGGCUCUAAUACAUCUCCUAAUUAUGACAGUUUGUUUUCCUCAGCCUUCACAUUGAUUAAUUGUUUUGCUCUGACCAACUAUCCCAUGUGUGGGGGCUACAUUGCCUGAGGUAGAAAGAAACAGAUAGCAAUAACUUACAGAGAGCUAUUAGUUUGGACUCCACAU